AAGGGCAAGUUGAACCAGAAUUGAUUAUGAAUAAUCUAGAAAAGAGUUGCUGGAUUCUUUUUUGAGAAACCAAAUCCAACGGUGGAGAAUAGUGGCUGCCACUGCAGUGCUCAUCUGCUCUGACUUGACUCUGAAUUGUGUUUUUAGGGACAGACAGCAACCAAAGCAAGAUGGCCGGGUAUAAAACACUAGGCUUAAAAGCGGGACCAGCCCCAGCCCGCCAUUAAUGCAAUUCUUUUCACCUCCCUCUAGCUCCAUAUUAAUUGUGCUACUUGUCAAUCUAAAGCUUAGCUCAAACCAGGAAGAGAGCUUCAAAAGGGUACCUUGUUUUGUGAUUAAUUUGAUGGGGGUUUGCUUGAGCGCCCAAAUUAAAGCUGAGAGCCCAUUUAACACAGGGCUGAGCUCGAAAUAUGUUAGCACAGAUGGGAAUGAUCAUAGUAUGAGUAGCAAAGUCUCAUCAGUUUCAGUGCCACCAACUCCUCGGAGCGAAGGUCAGAUCUUGCAGUCCACUAAUCUGAAGAGCUUCAGCUAUUCUGAUCUCAAGAUGGCCACAAGGAAUUUCCGUCCCGAUAGUGUCUUAGGAGAAGGUGGUUUUGGUUCUGUUUUUAAGGGAUGGAUUGAUGAGCAUUCAUUUACUGCUGCCAAGCCUGGAACUGGACUGGUUAUUGCUGUGAAAAGGCUUAACCUAGAGAGUUUCCAAGGGCACAAGGAGUGGUUGGCUGAAGUAAAUUAUCUGGGACAAUUUUAUCAUCCUCAUCUUGUGAAGCUGAUUGGUUACUGCUUAGAGGAUGAACACCGGCUUUUGGUGUACGAGUUCAUGCCUCGAGGCAGUUUGGAAAAUCAUUUAUUUAGGAGAGGAUCUUACUUCCAGCCUCUUUCUUGGAAUCUCCGCUUGAAGGUUGCUCUUGGCGCUGCGAAGGGGCUUGCAUUUCUUCAUAGUGAUGAAAAUAAAGUUAUAUAUCGGGACUUCAAGACUUCUAACAUUCUACUUGAUUCAAAAUACAAUGCAAAGCUCUCUGAUUUUGGGUUGGCCAAGGAUGGGCCAACAGGUGAUAAGAGUCAUGUCUCGACCAGGGUUAUGGGUACAUAUGGAUAUGCAGCUCCAGAAUAUCUAGCCACGGGUCAUUUGUCUGCCAAGAGUGAUGUCUAUAGCUUUGGAGUUGUUUUUUUAGAGAUGUUAUCUGGAAGGAGAGCAAUUGAUAAAAAUCGGCCGUCCGGAGAACACAAUCUAGUGGAAUGGGCUAAACCCUAUCUGGCAAGCAAACGAAAGAUUUUCCGAGUCCUGGACAAUCGUCUUGAAGGGCAGUAUUCAAUGGAUGUUGCCUAUAAGGCAGCUACCCUUGCACUGCGUUGCCUAUCCACAGAACCCAGGUUCCGGCCAAACAUGGAUGAGGUUGUGACAUUGUUGGAACAGCUCCAUGAUUCCAAAGAAAUUGGAAGCGCCAACACCCCUUCAAGCAAUGCAUCCAGAAUUCGUAGACGAAGUGCAGAUGAUGCUAGUAGUGGAAGGACUGCAGCUGCUUAUCCUCGGCCCUCUGCUUCCACUCUUUAUAUUUGAAAACAGAACAAACUUGAUUAAACUUAUGUUUAUAUCUCAAUACAAAUCGGGGGCAUUCAAGUUGACUUGUCCAAUGACUGUACAGUUUCAUGGUUCGGCUAAUGUAAUUUAAGUCAAACUUCUGAUGACAAAGUUUCCAGGUCAACCUGUAACUUGAGUUCACACGUUGUUACGUCCUUAGAUCAGGGAUGCAAUUGCUCUUGUAUGAAGAUUACGAGUUAGUCCUUUUUCUUUCCCA